AAGGCUCUGUCUAGCCUCCCCUCGCCUGACAACAACUCCAGAUCUGGACAUACACCCCUGAUCGACCAAAAACAUCAACCACUAUGGACACCAAGCCGGGCCUCGCCGCCCCGCUGCCCGAGUCGGAGGCUGCUACCCUCGCGCCCAGCAAAGCAAGCGUGUCGGACGAAGUCGAGACCGAGAAGAAUGAUGCGCUCGCUCGGCAGGCUACGGCCACCUCUAAGACGGGCAAGAAGCUCGAGCCGACACCUACUCGAGAAGAUGGCACCGAGUACCCUGGUGGCUUGACGCUGGGCCUAAUUGUUCUGGCCCUGUGUCUCAGUGUGUUCACGAUGGCGUUGGACAACUCCAUCAUUGCAACCGCCAUCCCCAAGAUCACCGACGAGUUCCAUUCCCUGCCAGAUGUGGGCUGGUACGCCUCUUCGUACCUCCUCACCACUGCCGCCCUCCAGCUCCUCUUCGGCCGCUUCUACACAUUCUUCUCCAUCAAAUAUGUCUUCCUAAUCGCCAUCUUCCUCUUCGAAGUCGGCUCCCUGAUCUGCGGCGUCGCCCAAAACAGCGUGACGCUCAUCGUGGGCCGCGCCGUGGCGGGCGUCGGCGCCGCCGGCAUCUUCUCGGGCGCGCUCACCAUCCUGGCCUACUCGGUGCCCCUGGCCAAGCGGCCCAUCUACACGGGCGCCAUCGGCAGCAUGUACGGCCUGGCCAGCAUCUCGGGCCCGCUGAUGGGCGGCGCCUUCACCGACCACGUCACCUGGCGCUGGUGCUUCUUCAUCAACCUGCCCGUCGGCGCCGUCACCAUGGUCGUCAUCUGGUGGUUCUUCCCCGACCCCAAGCGCGAGAUCAUCCAGAACGGCGACACCCUCUGGCAGCGCAUCAUGCGCUUCGACCCCUUCGGCACCCUCGUCUUCAUGCCCGGCAUCGUCUCCCUCCUGCUGGCCCUGCAGUGGGGCGGCACCACCUACGCCUGGGGCAGCUGGCGCGUCAUCCUGCUGUUCUGCUUCUUCGGCGUGCUCAUGAUCGCCUUCGUCUACUUCCAAUUCCGCCAAGGCGACCUCGCCACCGUCCCCCCGCGCAUCCUCGCCAAGCGCAGCGUCUGGUCCGCCGGCUUCUUCAUCAUGGCGCUGGGCGGCGCCUUCCUCGGGUCCAUCUACUACCUGCCCAUCUGGUUCCAGGCGGUCAAGGACGCCAGCGCGGUCGACUCGGGCAUCAUGAACCUGCCGAUGCUGAUCGCGCUCGUCCUGCUCUCGGUCGUCGCCGGCGCCGCCGUCUCCAUCUGGGGCUACUACACGCCCUUCAUGAUCGCCGGCAGCGCCCUCGCCGCCGUCGGCUACGGCCUCACCACCACCUUCACCCCGGACACGGGCAGCGGCAUGUGGAUCGGCUACCAGAUCCUGAUCGGCGCCGGCAUCGGCAUCGGCUUCCAGCAGCCGCUCAUGGCCGUCCAGACCGUGCUCGACAUGGCCGACGUCCCCACCGGCACCUCCCUCAUCGUCUUCAUGCAGACGCUGGGUGGCGCGCUGUUUGUGGCUGUGUCGCAGAACGUGUUUACCAACAAGCUGGUCGAGUAUGUCGCCGAGUAUGUGCCCGAUCUGCCGGACCCGGCGGCCAUUCUGGCCGUGGGCACCACCAGCGUCAAUGAGGUCUUUGAGCCGGCGCAGCUGCCGGGGAUUAAGCUGGCGUUUAAUGAUUCGCUGACGCAGACUUUUGUGGUGUUUACUGCGCUGUCGGCGAUCAGUAUCUUGGGCGCGGUGGCGGUGGAGUGGCGGAGUGUGAAGGGCAAGCCGGUUGAGAUUGGGAUGGCUUAAGGGGUGGGUGGUGUGGUGCCGGUGCGGCGGGGUGUUGGUGUUG